AUGGUUCGUUGUUAUUUCCAAGGUUUGGGUUCGAUUUAUUUGCUUUAAGCUCACUUACGAUGAAAUCGACGCAAUUUUUGAGACCGACCGUGUCAAGGAAGCUUACGAUGAGCUCAAGAAGGUAAGGUAAUUCAUUUGUGGAUAAAUUUUUCUUUUCUUUUGAAGAGAUAUAACGAGGGAGAGAGAAGCGUGGACCUUCUUUGGCGUCUGGCUCGGCUGUGCCAUGAAGUUGCCUACCGCUCUCCCAAGAAUAUUCGCAAGGAGUUGAUCUUUGAAGGUUUCUCAAUAAUUUUCCGUAAUAAACUACUACAGUUCUGGGUGUUUGAAUAAGAUUGAGACUGAACAAAAAAUAAACCUCAUCGCCAAAAAAUCUUUCGAGCAACAAAGACAUAAUAUCAGAAAUUUAGAAAUUUUAAAAACUGGUGCGUCUGUUUAGAUAGUUUAUUCCACAGCUUUUGCACAAUAUUUUUCCGAGUUUCUGAAUUUCAGUUUUCUCAACGUAUAUUUAUUUUCUCGCUCACAAUAAGCAUUUCAAGUAUAAUUUGUAGGAAAGGACUACGCGUGUGAGGCGCACGCCAUCGAUGCCAAUCAUUUCGAAGCAGUGAGAUGGGCGGCGAUUUUGACAGGCCAAUCGACCGAUUACCUGGGCACCAAGGAAAAGAUCGAACAAGGCGGACACUUCAAAAAUUUGUUGGACGAGGCUUUGGCCAUGGAACCCAACGAAUUCUCGUUGCUCCACCUACGUGGCCGGUUCAACUUCACCAUCGCCAACCUGUCCUGGCUCGAGCGCAAAGUUUGUUUUGAUUUUAUGCGAAAAAGUUAUAGAACGGAUAAACAUUAGAUGAUCCUGGUUGGCUGAAUCACAAAAAAAAAUAGGCAGCCCUAGAUGAAUCUAAAAAAUAUAGUUUCUAAUAGGAGAAGAGUCGAAGUUCACUGUUUCUCUCGCGUUUUUUUUUUUAGAAUUUCGGGAUUUUUCUGAAAAAAAAAUUCGAAAUUCAAUGGUUUUCAGGCGGCCACUAUGCUGUACAGCGCUCCGCCGAAGGCGACGAUCGAAGAAGCUCUUGAAGACUUCGAAGCGGCCUAUCAUCUGCAGUCUGACUGGCUCGAGAACCUCUACUACCUGGCUAAAUGCCUUCAGAUCAAGGGAGAGAAGGUAUUUCUCUAUUUUCAAUAUUUUUUUAAAAUCUCACCUCUGAUCUCUUAGCAUUAUGAAAGUCAAUAUACGUGCUAUUUUUCAGAAUAAGGCGAAAAAGUACCUGAACGAAGCGCUCGCCCUGCCGACGGAGAGCGACGUCGAGCGGGAGCUCAUCGGCGAGGCCAGACAUCUUCUUGGCAAGUGCUAA